GUGCAGGUAGCUGUCUGGAGACUCUAGAAAAAGGAAAACCACUAAUAGUAGUAAUAAAUGAAAAGCUGAUGAACAACCAUCAGCUUGAACUGGCAAAACAGCUCCACAAAGAUGGGCACGUCCUCCGCUGUAAUUGCAGCACUCUUGUGGAGACACUGCGGUCGAUGGACUUGUCAACUUUGAAACCUUUUCCUCCUGGACAGCCAGAAAAGUUUGCUUUGUUCUUGGAUAAAGUUUUUGGGUUUCAAUAA